AUGUUUGGUGCAAGCAGUAAUACUGGAGGAGGCUUGUUUGGGACAUCGAAUACAAAUAAUAACACCACCGGAGGCGGGUUAUUUGGAAACAAGCCAGCUACUUCAGCUAAUACGGGAUUUGGAUUUGGACAACCAAAUACCACUGGGCAAACAAAUUCAACAGGUGGCUUGUUUGGUCAAUCGCAGAAUAGUAACACCAAUGCAACGUCAGGAGGGUUGUUUGGAUCAAAUCAACAGAAACCAGUUGGAGGUGGGUUGUUUGGUACGACUCAAACGUCGAACCCAGCAACUACUGGAGGGUUUGGAGCAAACACUGGAGGCUCUACGUUUGGCAAGCCUGCCGGAACUCUAACCACAGGAGGAGGAUUGUUCGGUAAUAAUCAACAACAAGGAUCAAACACUGGAGGUUUGUUUGGAAACAACCAACAAAGCAACGCCGGCACGUCUGGAGUAUUGUUUGGAAACAAGCAGCAAACUUCAAAUGCCGGAGGCGGACUAUUUGGAAAUGCACAACAAAGCAACACAGGAAAUUCUGGUAGUCUAUUUGGAAACAAUCAACAACAAAACAACACCAACACGGGUGGAUUAUUUGGGGGCAACCAACAAUCAUCAACAUCAGGUGGUCUUUUUGGCAACAAGCCCAGCGCACCAUCAGGUGGCGGUUUAUUUGGAUCUAGUAAUACUCAACAGCAAAGUGGCGGUCUCUUUGGGUCAAACAAUGCCAAUACUCAAGGAGGUGGUGGGCUUUUUGGGAAUAAGCCAACUGGUGGUGGUGGCGGAUUGUUUGGAGGACAGCCGCAACAACAGCAGCAACAGCCACAGCAGCAGCAACAGUCAACAUUUUUCUCCAAUACCACUAAUAACCAGCAACCAUCAUUUAGUUGGAGUCAGCCCCAGCAAACGCAACCUACCGUGAAUAACGUUUCAACACUUGGCAGGUUCGGUCAAAGUACUGAUCAACCUCAGACCGCCAACCCCGCAGCAUAUACUCCAGCCGUGAACGAUCAAUUGGCUAAAGUUUACGAACAAUGGGAUCCCAAUUCACCUAAAUGUGCGUUAAAGACGCAUCUUUACAAUAAAUUCAAUGACCAAGAAAUGAAUGUGUUGAUGUCUCAGCCACGACCAGCCAAUGAAACGCCGGAAGAUUGGGAUAAAGCCAUGACUGAAAGACCUGGGCAAAAUUUUUACCCCAUCAAGAUAACAUCGUAUGAUGAAGUUGCGCAACGAGUUGAAACUCAAUUAGAUUACGCAGCCAAGGAGAAGGUUGUAUUGAAUCAGAUUAAUGAAAGACUAAAUACAUUGUCGGCAAAACACGACUUGGAAAAUACCACGAGGAUUCUUAAAGCCAAGACAAGACACACACAGCUUUCGCGGAGGUUGUUACGUUUGGCUACGGUAUUGGCGAUGCUUAAAUUAAAGGGAUACCCUUUGCUACCAGAGGAGGAAGAGAUUGCCAAGCAAUUUGAUAUAUUGAUCAAUAAACUUAAUGAUCCAAACAGUCCGAUUGGAAAAGUAGGGGAUAUUUUCGCCAAGAUGGCGGUACUCAAAGAAAGAGCCGAGAAUAUCAAUACUCAAUUUGACAAGUCAAUAAAUGUUUUGAACGAAUCUUUUGAUAAUGGCGUAGCCACCAAGGGCAAAUCAAAAGAGGAUAUUCAUAACCCCAAUGAUGCUAUUGAAAAGAUUUCGCAAAUUUUGGUCAAACAACAAAUGGGAUUAAACUAUUUGAACGAAGUGUUGAGAAAAGAUGAAGAAAAGGUUGAAAAGAUGAUCUCAAAUAGAAAGUAA